GAGGAAACCCCCCUCAGGUCACCGGGGUGACACGUGACCAGACGUCAAAUAAAGUAGCAGGCUGGUCACUAACUUAGUCGAGACAAACGAGCUGAGCAGCCACUCAAUGAAAGGAACAUGCCCAUUGCUUCAAAUGAUGAGUUGGGCUACAAGCCCCUGGAUGGUGGUUGGGGCUGGGUGGUGGUAUUUGGGGCCCACAUUGCCAUUGGAUUUGCUUACGCCAUGCCCAAAGCCCUCUCCAUUUUCUACAAUGACAUCCAAGAAGACUUGGAGUGCAGCUCCAGUGAAAUAGCAUUGAUGUCUUCUAUCAUGCUAGCUGUCAUGUAUGCAGGCGGACCACUGAGCAGUUGGUUGGUCCUUCGGUUUGGAAGCCGGCCAGUAGUCAUACUGGGUGGACUGAUGUGUGGGGUCUCUAUGGUAACUGCGUCUUUUGGGAGCUCCAUCAUUUACCUCUACAUUUGCGUUGGCAUCAUUGGAGGUUGCGGACUCGCCUUUAACCUCAAUGCAUCUCUCAACAUCAUCAGCAAGUAUUUCCUGGUCAGGCGUCCUUUAGCCAACGGACUAGCCAUGGCCGGGAGUCCAGUGUUUCUAUGUAUUCUGGCCCCUGUCAACCAAUAUUUACUGGACAGUUAUGGCUGGAGAGGAAGUCUACUUGUCUUGGGGGCCAUAAUGCUCAAUUGUUGUGUUGCUGGAGCCUUGAUGAGACCUGUUGCACAGCCGCCCUCUUCUCCACCUGAACAGAAAGUAGAGGAACAGCCAAAUAACACCAACAGUAACUUAAAAGAAAGCUGUUUGAAGAAUAUUAGCUUCUUUGAUGUGUCCUUCUUUAAGGAUAGAGGCUUUAUAAUUUACCUCUUUGGAAGCAUAAUGUUCAUCUUUGGUGCCUACGCACCCUUUUUGUUUCUUUCAGCUUAUGCAAUUAGCCAAGGCAUCGAUGAGCACUCUGCAGCUUAUCUGCUCUCUUUUAUGGGCUUUGUGGACAUGGUUGUCCGGCCUGGCACAGGCCUAACAGCUAACAGUAAGUGGAUCAGGCCUAGGAUCCAGUACUUCUUUAGCUUUGCUGUGACUUACAAUGGGUUAUGCCACUUACUGUGUCCACUGAUACACAGCUACUCCUUCCUGUUAUUCUAUACAUUUUGUUUUGCCAUGAGUUUUGGCAUGGUUUUCGCCCUGAUAUUUGAAUGUCUUAUGGACCUUAUGGGACCACAACGCUUCCCCAGUGCUGUUGGAAUGGUCACCAUCAUCGAGUGCUUCCCCAUGCUACUGGGACCACCCAUUGCAGGGCUGCUGGUGGACAUCACGGGUGACUACAAGUACCUUUUCAUAUUGUGUGGCUCAGUGAUCUUCACUGGGGGGGUCUUCCUCUUCGUCAUGAACAUCUACAACGACCACAUGCUGAAAAAAGAGAAGAAUGCAAAGGACAGAGAACAAAACCAAAAAAACAUGGAGGACCAGGACCAUAAAGACAUUAAACGGACCCCUAAGGCAAUGAUGGAACAAACUGAGUUUGAGGUUACAGAGGAUAACGGAGCCCAGGGAGAUCUAGAGAUUGCUGAAACACCAAAUUAAAUGAGAUUAGCCUGCAUAUCAGGGGCAUAUAUGUAGGUAUGUUUCUUGGUGUUCAAGGUCCAGUGUAAGAUUUAGGGGAAUCUUUUGGGAGAACAUGGCAUCACAAUGUUUCUAUAGUAGCCCAGAAUGGACAAACAAAUCACACACUGACUCUGAGUAUUUUUUAAAGUUUUUUUAAUUUAUUUUUUUAUUUUUUGGUUGCAGUCUAAAUGCCAGACCAUGCUAGCCAAGUUUCGAUCCAGUUGUGCAGAUUUUAACCAAAUUUACAGGAUAAGAGUGUCUUUCCAUUCACUGCGGUUUGCAAAUAUUAGGAGUAGGUUUGUCGGGAUAAAUAGCUGGCGGUGCUAAUUCUCUAUUCAGUUUACAUGAAAUCAUUGCAUAAGAAGUGCUGCAGUAACUGUUGAGAUCUUACACUUAAAACCACAAAUGUCACAUCGAGGAUCACCAAAGUCAGGAAGAUUCAUCACUACACUAAAUGUUGUACAUUCAUCCACCCACUUAUCAUGUAAAAUAUAUUUAUAUUAUAUAUUUAAUUUUUAUUAAGAUAUAUAAAUAUAAAUUAUAAUGAUAAGUGAGUACUUAGACCUGCUAAUGGCACUAGAGGAAAGUCAGCAGACCUCAUCUUCUGGGGAUCAUGGGAAAAUGCUGAAAUGCACAUAAGCCUAAUACUUGAGAGUAUGUUUGCAGUAAAUAUUCAUGAACAGGUACAUUUAACACAUACACUUUUAAUUGUAGCUGUUUUUAUUGUAAUGUGCAUAACCUCAGGCAUAGUUUGUACUUGCAGUGUUAACAUUUUGAAACUGACAACUGGUUUUACAAAUGAAAUACUGUAGCUAUCAGCAUGGGUGAAGAUGAAACAGGAAGUAUUAAAACUGUAAUGAGAUCAUUCAUCUCCUUUUAAGUUACUGUUAAAUCAUUGUCAAUAAGUACUAAAGGCUGUAAUGCACAUACAGUAGCAAAGUCUGUUGCUGAAGUGUGAUCUUAACUUGUGAUCAUGUAAUACUGUACUUAAUACUUUGAACUGUGUGUGACUAUUUAUUUAAUUUGAACUUUUAUGCUGAAACACAUCUUCUACGUAAACUACACAUGGCCCAAAGUAAAUUAAUGUAAUAAUGUUGUAUUAACAUUUAACAAUGUCAUUUGUUACGUGGGUGAGAAUGGAUGUGCAUGCACUGGUAAUUGAUUUGACGUCAUAUGUAUUUGUACAUGUGAGUGACUGAGCUGGAGUGAGUGACAAAAAGAGAACGAAUAAUCCAAAAAAUAGUUAGUAUAGGUUUUUGUUUUAAGGUGAAGGGAGCUUUUUGGGGAUUCUAUGUUCUAGAGAAUUUAAUGAAAGCUUUAAUUUACCAAAUUGAUUAUUUAACUGCAUUUUAACAUCUGACAUGCGCACAAGUUUUGUGUUUUUUAAUACAAAUAUAUGA